AUGCAUUCAUUCAUUCAUUCAUUCACUCAUUCGUUUGCUCGUUCGCGCUCGUUCAUUCAUUUGUGCUUCCCUGUCGACACACACACACACGCACACCCAAUAUGGGCAGGCUUGACUCUUGUCGAGCAGCGUUUGCUCGCUUGCACAAGUACGCGUGCGCGCUCAUGGGCGAAGCGGUUGUCGCCGCCAUGGGGCGCGUCAUCCUCGUCCUCUUCCUCACCAUGCUGAUGGCCGUGCCAGCAUUCACAACUGGUCCACACCCUGGAUGGCUCUUGUCGCCGUCCUCUGAGGGCAUGGACCUCUCUUAUGGAACCCUUUUUAAGCACAGCCACUCCAUCUCUGCCUCAACCGGCACUGCCACGGAACACCAGCAUCAGUUUGUGACCGAUGCUGCCAGCAGUGGCGCAUCCCUACCCGCCCUUGUCCCGCCAACUGUCGACUUUGGAGACCAGCCGCUUUGUCGCGCUGUUCAAUCCACAGUUGUUGUCGUCAACGUGAACGCCCGCUCGGAGCUGACAUUGUUGUCGCUUUCCUCAAAGAGCAACGAUGUGCAUGCCUCAUGGUUUGCGCGCGAGGUCAUCCCGCCCGGGGAAAACACCACCUUCUCCAUCGUGUUUCUUGGUCGCAGCCUCGGUCGCAGCGAAAGCACCAUCCUCAUCAGCACAUCCCUCGGCGACCUCAAGUUUGAGGUUACCGGGACGAGCGUGCGCAACCCGAAUGGCCUGCGGCCAUACGUUAACGGGCGCAUCCCAAGCCACCUUCGUCUGGCUCAACCCAUCCUCUUCUACAACCCGCACCCGUUUCCCAUCAAGGUCGAAGAGGUGCUUUCGAGCACAGAGGAAAUUCAGCUUGACAUGAACGCCCUCUUCCUGGACAAAACCGAUGGCGACGUCCAGAUUUCGGACAAGGUGUGGGAGAUUGAGCCAUUUCGCAUGAAGCCUCUCAUUGUCGCCGUGGUCACCUCCGAGGUCAACCCCUACGGGUACAUCAACGUUCGCACAAACCAUACGCAUGACAACGCCAUCAUCCCCGUGGAGAUUGACAUCUCCUCAGAUGAUGGCUUGUUUUAUGGGCCUGGGGACAGCCUUGACUUUUCCAUCGUGUACCGGUCCGACCCGCGCCGGCACAGGCCGCUCCAGCUCCUGUUUAAGGACUCAAAGAGCGCGGCGGUGGCCACGAUUGGUGGUAUCCGCGUUGUGCGGUGUCACAAAGCCACGGAUCCAACCAUCAACUGCCCCCACGUCACUGUCCACCACCGUCGCGAGCGUCUUCAGCUCAAGCCAUAUGUGUGGAGUCGUGUGGCGACCAUCAGCCUUGCGUCUGCCCGGCUUGUGGAGUCGCCUGGUGUGUACACAGGCGCCCUCGCCGUGGAGUACAUCACCUCACGCGACAACUCCAGAACACGCCUGCUGGAGGUGCCCUUCCACAUUGACUACGCCGAGGGCUCGCUUGACCUGCCCAACCUCAACUCGAGCUUCUUCGUGAGCGGCCCGCCGUUUGAACCAGACACCCGAAGCUUCACCAUCCAUAACACGCUCCCCUUCCCCGUCAACCUGUCGGAAGCGCGUGUGCCCGCCUCAAUCUCCAGCAUCUUCAAGGUGUCUGGCUUUGAGCCAACCAUCCUGGGGACCAACAAGUCCACCACGCUGGAUGUCACGUUCCAGGCCAACUCGUCUGAUCUGAACGUGCACUCGAGCGUCAUCGUGGCAGCUAAUGCCAGCGAGGUUCCACUGUCCAUCCCCAUUUUCAGCUACAACGGCAUGCUCAAGUACGCCGUCAGCGAUGAUGGUUACGAUGAUGUGGCGUUUGGGGCUGUGCCUCUGGACAACGUGGCGACAAGCCCACUCCGGGUGCUCAACCCCAAUCCCGUGAGUGUAUCCAUGCUGUCAUAUUCAAGCUCUUUGCCGGAGGUUGGCCUGGAACUCGUCAACGUGGCGCCGUCUCCAGAGCACAUGGAAGUUGUCGAGUACGGGAAGAUCUACAGCUCGCACUGGCAAGAGCCCCUCACCAAGGAGUCCCACACCGACGUGUCUUCGGAUCAGCAUGACUUCAACUUGGUGCUGAAGCCCGGGUACAUUGCCACGUUCAGCGUCACCGUGUCACCGAACAAAGGCAAGCACACCGGCAGCCUGGAGCUGCGCUCAACCUACCACAACAUCCACGUUCCCGUGUCCUACGAGGGCGCUCGCCGUGCAAUGCAAUUUUACCCGACACGCGUCGUCUUCAACGCCAGCUACCCUUGGCAGCUGCUGCUUCACAAUGACUACGGCAUUGAGUUUUCCGAGUCGAUGCGGCCCCUCGUCCAGCCGCAGACGGUGCCGCUGCACAUCAAGCCUGCGGACCGGAACGUCACCAUUGACCGCAUCUCCACCACCGAUCCGCGCGUGGUGCUGCGCCAGAACCCGGCCGUUGUUCGCGGCGUCCGCGCCAACUCCUCCACCAACAUCCUCAUUGGCCACAUUGUGUUCAACGCCUCCCUGGGGCCCGAGGAAGACAACUACAUGCCCAAGGUGCGCCGGCACUUCAACUCGCUCACCCGCCCAGCCGUGCUCACCCGCGGCGAUGUGGAUGAGGUGGUGCGCUGCAACAAGCUCUGGAACACGCUCAGCCGCCGCAGCAAGACGGACGUCGUGGCAUACCUGACGCUCGAGGCCAGCGGCGAGAAGCCCCACGUCAUCGACGUGCAGGCGCCGCUCAUGAAGCCGUCCAUCCUCUCCACCCCAGACCUCGCCUUUGACCUGACCCAUGUGAAGAUGACGUCGACCCGGCCGUUUGUCAUCACCAACCCAAGCGACAUGCCGCUGCUCGUGACGAUUGUGCCCGUGGACGCCAUUCCCGACGGCCCCAUGAUUAGCGCCCUCGAGCAGGCCAUGGCCGUCACCCACGCCGAACUCAAGUCUGCGCGCCAGCACAAGGGCGUCUUCUUCUCCACGCCAUACCCACUGGACACCAACUCCACGGAGUACCUGAGAGGCUUUGCCAGCGACCGCGUGUCCGUUGGCGGCAGUGCAGCGCCGCGGCGGGCCCACUGCGGCGACGAGUGCGUCGACGGCCUCAAUGACAACGCCUUCUUUCCAGAGGGGGAGGUGCCGGACGACUUUCUGCGCACCGCCCAGAAGACGCGCCAGCUCGCCAGCCCGCACCUCGAUGAGUACGACGAGCUGGACGACGGCACGGGCAACAGCAACCCGGGCGGCGUAUCGGACUCUGCCAGGCAGCAUCUCACCGCAGCCAGCAACACCAAGCACAAGCUCGCCGCAGCCAGCCUGGCCCGUGCUCCCCGCGGCCAGCCGCUGGUGCUUGACUUUGAAGGCAUCAGUGGUGGUGGCGCCUGGGCCUCCGCUCGCACCGACGGCCACGGCCAAGCUGACGAGGACGAGGGCGAGGAAGACGACGAAGCUGAUGGACCUGUGCUCGUCCCCGCAUCAACCUUCCUUGGCCUCUCGCCAACAGCUACGGAGGAGGAACGCCGCGCCGCAUCCACCAAGGCACAGCGCCGGAGGUGGGCGCUGCUGCUUGAGCCCAGACAGAACGUCACCAUCAACGUCAACUUUGCGCCCGAGGACACGGGCUUCAUCUCCUCGUACCUCCUGCUCGUGAACAACCUCACCAUUGUCGAGGCGCUGCACGUCACGGGCGAGGCCGGCCGCGGCUCGUUUGGCUUCCCAAAGACCCAGCCUCACAUCCUCAACGGCACCCUGUCCAUGCGCGUGCGCGAGAAGGACCUGCAGCACUGCCUUCGCGCCGGUGGCCUCACCCAACAGGAGACUCAGCACACGUUCAUCUUCAACUUCACUGUUGUGAACCGCGGGAACAUGCCCGUCACUGUUAGCGACAUUGGCGUCAACGGCAACGGCUGCUCCGUCGACGGAUUCACCGUGUUCACGUGCAAGCCGUUUGUGCUCCGCCCACGCGAGCACCAGAAGAUGGUCAUUGGCUUCAGGCCCGACUUCACCACGGCCACCGUCAGGCGUUCGCUUCACGUCAAACUCAACAACGUGUCACAGCUCACCUUCCCCAUGACAGCGUGGCUUCCUUCGGACAUGCUCGCCCCAUGCUUCGCCGCGCUUCCCGGGCCCGCGUGGGCCCAGUACUUCAAGCACACGGUUGUGGUCGGUAUUGUCCUGAUUGCCCUUGUUCUAGCCAUGAUUGAGUACCGGUUUGGCACGCUUCGCAUGCACCUCAGCCGCGCAGCAGCGUUUGCCGCGCCCGCCCGCGCUGAUACCACCGUCACCCAGCAGCAGCAGCAGCAGCAGCAGGAGCCGCCGCAGCCGUCCCAGGCUCGUGGUGCUCGGUCAGCUUCCAAGCCCACCGACGACGCCUCAGCCUCGGCCUCCUCAGCAAGAGCAGCCGCUCAAGCCACAGUGAUUGACAAACAACAGCAACAACAACAGCAGCAGCAGCAGCAGCAGCAGCAGCAACAAACGUCGCAGCCAUCUUCGUCAUCGUCCACACGGCGUGGUCAGGCCAAGAAGCAGGCUACUGGCAAGUCAUCGUCAAAAUCAAAGAAGCGCGGCAAUGGCGGACGCCGCAGCGGCACAUCCUCCGUGUCCAGCGCUUCGCACGAUCGCAAGUCUGGCAAUGCCAGCAGUGGCACCUCAAGCACCAGCACAAGUCGCACGUCCACUCCUCCUGUUACAGCCUCUGCGUCCCCGCCACUCGGUGAUGAGCCAGUCCAGUUCCCACCCACACGUGCGGCCGCAGAUGCCGGAUCUGGCAAUAGCGCGGGCCACGUGCUGACGGGGCCCGUUGACAAGGCGCCGGCGGCCCAGCAAGGCAAAGGGAAGAAGACCAAGCAUGCGAAGACGCAGCACGCCGGCAAGCAAGCGGCGUCCAAAGCGAGGCCAGGCACGCCCGAGACCCUGCACGGGCGCGAGCGCGAACCAAGUUUGCAAACGACGGCGGCCAGUGUCCCGCAACGCUCAGCCGCAACUGAAAGGAAGAAGCCGCGCAAAGCAGCACACGCACCGGGUCACCCCUCGUCGUCCUCCGCGUCGUCCUCCUCGUCCACCGAUGCAUCCUCACCUGCAGCUGCACCAACAGCAGCAGCAGUUCAGCAGCCACCGCCAACACAGACAGACGGCAGCGGCCCCACGACAGAACCUGCCACGUCCACAAUCACGCGUGCUCCUGGUCAGCACGAGCGAGACGAUGGCAGGAGAAGUAGCAGCAGCGGUAGCGGCGGUGGUCGAGGCAGCACGAACAGUAAUGUUGCCGCGGCUGCUGAACUGGUUGGUGGCAAGAAGGCUGGCCGUCAUCAAGGCAAGCGGCAGUCCAGGGUCCGAGUCAGGCAGGGCGCAGCCCCCGCGCUCAAACAGCCUGGUGCGCUGCCUGCUGUGCAAAACCACGACGCCCUCAUUCGCCAGGCCUUUACCCUCUUUGAGGAGCGGCAUCACCUGAAGGCAGCUGACCGUGCUGAAGAAGGGGGUGAAAAGCCGGCCGAAGAGGCCGAGGAUGAUGAUGGCGAGGAGGCGGAGGAGGAGGAGGAUGUGCGCGAACAGACGCAUGGUCGUACAGAGGUCCCCGCCGCAGGCGCCGUUGGCGACCCUGACUACGACGUUCUCACCCGGCAUCAGCAGCCGUUGGCGAGCAGUGAGAGCGUCUUACAACCAGAUCAGUCCCACGCCGCACCCUCACCCAUGUAUGCUUCGGUGGGUAGCCACUUGACCAGCGCUUACGUCAACGAUGGCCAGUUACCACAGCAGCAGCAGCAACAGCACAAGGCCCCGGCAGCACACGGCACCAAGACGUACGCCCAACUUGCUGAUGGGCGAGCACAGCCGCAGGCAUCUCUGCUGCAGCCUCCCCGUGCGUCUGAGUCGUCAACGACUGGCUUGGUUGGGCAGGGCGUUCCUCAUGCGCAGUUCCACGAGGGCACGUUUGGCCAGUCGCAGUUUCUGACUUCGCACCAGGAACCGCAACUGCCACAGCAACAGGCCCUGGGGCCGUCGCUACCACAGUUGGACGAGCGCUUGGAGGCGGCGAGACACACGGGCUGGCCGAUGGCCACGGAGCCUGCCGCGUCGUCCCAGGCACCAAGCUUCUCGCCCUUUGGCCUGUACUCCUACGACGACAGCCGCACCACCUUCAGCGACACGGAUGCCCUGCUGGAAGCGUCGACCUCGCAGACGGUCAUCCACGACCCAUUUGCAAUGUAUGGUGGCGGUAGCCUCCUGGAACAAGGCCCUCACCACACGGAGCCUGUGGCAGCCACCACCACCACUCAAAGCGCGCACCACGCUCAUCAACAACAGCCGCCGCCGCAGCAGCAGCAGCAGCAGCAGUACCAGCACUUCCAGCAGCAAAAUUUCCAGCAGCACCAGCAGACACAGCCACAGCAACUGCCAUCCUCUGCAACCUUUGCCAGCACCAGCACCAGCACCAACAGCAACCUUCGCAGCAGCCAUGGCAGGUACCAUUACGGGUAUGGCACGUCCAGCACUGGGCUUGGCCUGCCGAGCGAAGCCUUGGCUUCGGCCAUGCAGGAAGGGUGGGACGAUCGAUCCCUGGCUUCGUCGACGAGUGUCGCCAUGCAACAUGCGGAUGCUGGGCUUGCCACCUCAUCGCCGUCCCUCCCUGCCCGGUAUGCGAUGGCACCGCCGUACAUUCCACAAACGGAGCGGUUUGCGGAGGCGUCGUCCUCGUCGUCACCAUCGACGUACACGUACGGGCACCCUGAAAGCACGGGGUUGUUGGGCCAACAACCAGCGACGAGCUUGUCGGCACAGGCAUCGUCGAGCACUUCGCCGUUUUUCUCGGGAACCUAUGUUCCAUCGUUCUCCUCCUCGUCGCACGAGUCGCAGCAUCAGCAGCACUCGCUGUCGCAUGCUUCGUCGACCGACGACGCCUUUUCCCACUACGAGGCAGCCACGGACUACGAGAACUACACAGCCUCUGCCACCUGGACCGAGGGCCUGGCGAAUCUGAUGCCGCAGGUUUCUUCGGACGAGCCGUACGUGCCUACAAUUGGCGACGACCAACUCCUUGGCACUGGCGUGUCUUUCUUUGGCCAGGGCACCAGCUCCCCGUUUUACUCGUCAGUGCCCAUGCACCAAGGCACGACGGCGUCUGCCACCUCGUCCGCCCCCGCCUCGAGCCUGCCGUCCACGACCGCAACUGCGUCGUCUACCGCAGGCCUUUUCACCCGCGAGACGGCCAUCUGGGCGUCAAGUGUUCCAUGGAGCCAGGGAGCAGGGGACGAUGAUGAGGAAGACUGGGGCCGUGCCGCCCGGGAUUUGUUGAACCCUCCUCCUCCUUCUUCUUCCAGUUGA